AUGGCUUCCAAGGCCAUCGUGAUCAUUUGCUCUUUGCUGGUUGUUGACCCGGCUUGCGCAACGCGCGUGCGGGACUUGAACUCCGAUGCCAGUACGGAAGGAUGCAAGCUGAACCAUUCACCAUGUGGCUACGCCCGCUGCUACAGCCUCCACUGGCCUUCUGCCAAGGGGGCCAAGGAGUGCUGCGCACAGCAAGGGUACACGGUUUGCAUGAAAAACUACGAGGAAGGCGUCGGCAAUUUCUACGUCAAGCCUGACGAGAUUGGCAAGUGUGGCAAUGAUGCAAAGUACGAAGCGCCAGAUUCAGCUUGCGAGGAGAUGGUGAGCUGGGACGUCCGCGCCGGCAAAAUCGUGAAAAAACAUAUUCCCACACUGGACGAGGAGGACGAGGACGAGUGA